AUGCGCACUUCAGAAAGUGGUCCGCGGUGUCUGCGCGGCAUCGGGCCGCUGGAUUUGAUCGAUCAUGACCCCAGACCGACAUUUGUGAUCGACAACCAGGAGAGUGACGAAACAGGGACACCCGUGCCUUGUCACUGGAAUUCCGCCUUUUUAGAGUUCGACUCUGGACAGACUUUAAAUGCUUUGCUGAAGCACGCCCUUGCACAUGCCAUUACGAUCGCAGCUAUCGCGCCCAAUGGCUUUGCGGACUUCAAAAACUGGAUUGCCGGCAACGACGAAAGUGCGACCAGAUCGUACGUUUAUUGCAACUGCACCUGGAUCAAGAUAAAUGUUUCAAAGCAAUGGACAGUUAUCAGUCGAUUGUUGACCAACAACGCUACUACCACCAGCAAGCCUACGUCCAGUCAACCAGGAGGUGCUGUGCUGAAGCUGUCCCCUCAGUGCAAGACCACGACUUUUGACUGGACCUACCCGGCGCCACCAGAAAGAAUGACGAGUCAUGUCGCUUGGGCACGCAGCAUCGACUGGGCCAGCACAUCUUUGGGUCCUAUGAAUGAAUGGUCGCCGCAGCUCAGGAGUAUUGCCACUCUUGUAAUGCAAGACGCUCGACCUGCCGUUGUGUUUUGCGGAGCCGACCUCAUCAUGAUCUACAAUGAGGCUUACAUUGAACUGCUAGGAGGAUUCCAUCCCUGCAUGGGAGUCAGUGCUCGCGUUGCACUUGAAUCAGUUUGGGGCCAUUACUUUGAGCCUUUGAUAGCACGAAACCUCGCAGGCGAAACGAUCGAAGGAACAAACAACCCUAUUCAAAUGGAGCGCAACGGAUUCAUGGAAGAAUCGUACUUUUCUUGGAGUUUCAUACCCAUCUUCAAUUCUGAAGGCGUGACCAUCGCUCAUUACGAACCUCUCGUGGAAACAACAAGGGAGGUCAUUGCAGAGCGAAGAGCAAAUACAAUCUUGCAACUCAGCGAGGAGGUACCGCGAGCACGCAACUUAGAAGCAUACUGGUGCAGCGCGAUCGAGGUCUUGUCUCACAAUACCAAAGACAUCCCAUUCGCAGUCUUAUACUCGGCUGAAGCCCUACUCGAAUCCAGCUCUUGUUCUAGCACGGCAGAGAAAUUCGAUGAGAGUCAGGAGUUUACGCUGCGUGGAUUUUUUGGUUUGCCUAGAGAUUCUCCUGCUGCCGUUUCCCAACUUGAUUUCCACCAAAACGAAGGAUUUAUGCCAUAUUUUCGGGAGGCAUCAGCUGCGCGUGGCCCAGUUCGAGUCGAUCUUGAGCCCGGCUCUCCAGCGCACGAACUUGUGCGUGGCGUGGAUUGGAAGGGUUAUGGCGAUCCCUGCCGAGGAGCAGUGGUUUGUCCAAUAACUCCUACAUCCUCAAAAGAUAAUGUCUUAGGCUACAUGGUUCUUGGGCUCAACCCUCGCCGUCCCUACGAUGAAGACUACCGCCACUUCAUCAUGGUCGCAAGCCGUCUCCUCUCUACCUCUUUAACAUCAAUACUGCUGCAUGAAGAUGAAAUACAUCGCCGCGAACGCGCGAUUGAGAACGCCGAAAUGAUGAAAGCAGAGCUCAAACGGCAACUCAUCGCUACACAAAAAGAGGUUGAGCGUAACGCCAUGAAGUUUCAGCGGUUUGCUGAGCGCGCAGACGUGGGUAUAUUCAUUGUCGGUCUGGAUGGUGUAUACUCUUACCGCAAUGAUACUUGGUGGAGAAUGCUGGACCCUGAAUACCAAUAUCGUGAUGUAGAUCUCACAGAUGCAUGGGACGCUCUUAUUGACGAAGAGUUCAUUCAACCCGGUAAAGAAAAAUUUCAGACACUAAUUGAAACGAAACAGCACCAAACCUGGGAGCUCAAGAUCAAGAAGACCUGGACUGUAGACAGCCAGAACAUAGAGGGAUCCUGGCCAAAUGAAGAGCCUCGAUGGAUUUUGCAAAAGUUUGGGGAGAAGUUACAAGCUACACAAGCCCUCCAUGCGCAGGAAUCGAAACGGAAGCUGGAGAAUUUCAUCGAUACUACGUCGCACGAAAUGAGGAAUCCGCUAUCAGCGAUCGUCCAAUGUGCCGAUAGCAUUAUCUCUUCCCACAAAGCCUUCCAGGAAUCUCCAGACUACCAAGCUACAUACAAAAACAUUCUUGAUAGCGCUGUUGAGGCGGCGGACACCAUCGUUCAAUGCUCAAAGCACAUGAAAACAAUCGUGGAUGAUGUCCUCACAAUGUCGAAGCUGGAUUCUGGACUCUUUGUUAUGACCCCAGUCGAUGUACCACUCCAGUCAAUCGCCCGUGAUGCGGUUAAAAUGUUUGAGGGUGAAGCUAAGGCUGCUGCCGUUGCACUUGAAUAUCACCCUGAGGAUUCCUGCAGUAAGAUAAAUAUCGAAUACGUGUCUUUGGAUCCGACGCGAGUUCUUCAAAUUCUGAUUAAUCUCAUCACCAACGCCAUCAAAUUCACACGGCUAGAGAAGACGCGUCAUAUCAGUGUGAGGCUAGGAGUGUGCACCGAACCACCACUCCAGGGGUUUGAUGAACGUGUCAAGUUUCAUCGUACCCCUGGGGCAGAAGAAUCGAAAGCAUUACGAAUGGACUGGGAAAAGGGAGAAGUCGUAUAUAUCAUCUUCUCCGUACACGACACAGGCCGUGGAUUAAGUGAUGCCGAACACGAGCUACUCUUCGCGCGCUUCUCGCAAGCUUCUCCGCGAACUCAUAUCGAUUAUGGUGGAUCAGGUCUCGGUCUCUUCAUCUCACGCCGGCUCACCGAACUUCAUGGGGGGGCCAUAAGUUUUACCUCGAAAGUCAAAGUCGGCAGCACAUUCUCCUUCUACGUGAAAUGUCGCAAAGCCUCCCCACCCUCACCCAUGGACAAAUCUGCGACCAGCCUCAGCGUGCGCGCACAGUCCACCGUUCUAGCUAAUCGCUCUCGGGAUGUUAACGACAAGCCUCCAGCUCUGGGUCGUAAGCUAAGCGAAAGCAAAGAAGAAAAUGCCCUUAUUAAAGUUCUGAUAGUAGAGGACAACCUCGUGAACCAGCGGGUGCUAGCGAAACAAUUAAAGAUCAUCGGAAUGCACGUUGCGGUCGCCAAUCAUGGGAUAGAGGCUCUCGAAUACCUCCGCAAAACCAAGUACUGCAUUCCUGACGAAGGGACCCCUGCACAAGAGUUAUCGUUGAUACUGAUGGACUGGGAGAUGCCAGUCAUGGACGGUCUGACGUGUGUGCGCGAGAUUCGCAAGCUACAGGCUAGAGGGAUCGUGAAGGGACAUAUUCCCGUCAUUGCGGUGACAGCCAACGUGAGGAGCGAGCAAGUGGCGGAGGCCCUGGAGGCAGGCAUGGACGACGUCAUCAGUAAGCCGUUCCGUAUCCCUGAAUUGUGCGCCUGCAUGCACAAAAAUAUCGUCGCCGUAAAUGGUAAAUGGGGAGACGAGGCGUAA